AUGUCCUCCAGUAAUGUUCAGUCUGUGUUGCGUUCAACUGGUGCCCAGACUCCAGUCGAUCGUCUGAACAUGACUCUUUCCGAUAUCAUCCGUAUGGAUGGUAUUCAGGAACCCUCGGACGUGUCUGAGGAGAUUCGUCCUGAUGGAGAGUUGGAAAACGCUGAUCCAAUUCCCAGGACAUAUGAAGAAGCUCCCGGGGUAGACCAGGGGCAGGAACAGCCCACUCAAGAAGGCAAUUUUGGUGUGAAUCUUGAUGGAGGAAAUCGAGACUUGAACUCGUUCCCCAAGAUACCACAAACCUUUGAUGACCAGCCAAAAUCAACCCUUAGGAGUGAUCGACGGCAAGGCCAACGGAUGUCUGAACUCCGUAAGAAUGUAGUUAAAUUCUCUGGUACUCCAAAAGAAGAUGUUGAAGAGUGGCUUGAUAAGCUUGACAUGAUUGCAGGGCCAGACGGGUUUAAUCUCAACUAUCAUGAUCAAGCCUUGCUUUUGCGCCUAUCCGUUUCGGGUGACGCAUACCAAGCUGUUCUUAUGGUCCGGCCUGGUGAUCCUAAGACAGAUCCACAACAGAAAGGUUAUUUGGCCCGUGUUCGCUCCGAACUACGAAAAAGGUUUGGCAAAAGUCCUGAUCGAGCGAUCAACAACUUGUGUGAUAUUAGCUUCACCAACUAUGACACUGUUGACGAGUAUGCUACUGCUAUUAAUCGACUGGUGAGGCAAACAUGUCCCAAUACUCAUCGGGAAUGUCAGGGCGAAUGGAAGAAGAUAUUCUUCUAUCGCGGAUUGCCUCAUAACUUCCCAGCAAGUGCUUCGAUCAAACCGUUCUGCCUUGACCCGACUUUAACAUUCGAGCAGGUUCUGGAAAAGGCCAGACUGUAUUUUGACAGCAACGCGGAAGCACGUGUUGCUGCUCCGGGUGUCCGUCGGAGUAUUGGCAAGGGCGGUAAAGGACGAGGCAAGGGAAAAGGGAGAAGAAGCAACCACUUUUUCAAGCAAGCUGACUUAAAUAAAGACAAGGGACUUGGCAAGAGCAAGAAUGCUAUUAAAGGUAAGCAACCUCGGAGAGAGAUUUCACCCUAUCAGCUCGUCGGUUCCCCUAUUGAUUGA